AUGAAGAGGAGAAGGCUACAACGACGGCACCCGAAACUAACAGUAAAUGUGUCCUCAUUCAUUCGGUUUCACGACGACCUUCAGUUUGGAACCGAAUGGAUCGUGUCCUGUCGCACUGACUCAGAGGAGCUCACAUGCCCUUUUAUUUGUCCAGAAUCCGUCUGCAAGAUCCAACUGGCCAUGCUGCAGAGCAACCCGCGAUUCAUCCAGAACACCGUCGAGAAAAUUCCUGGUGGAUGCCACCAUUUCCUGGCGACCCACUCAUCUCCAGUACUCUUCCCACCUUACCUUAUCUCCAAUCUUCUGGUCGCUCCAGACACCAACGACACUAGCCAGUAUUCACCAUCCACCACCGGCUGCAGGACCUUAACGCUACCUGAGACCUCCAUCGAAUUGCGACGGAUAACGGCCAUGAGCAGAUCGCUCUAUUUGCCGUUAUUCUUGAGAUGCAGCUAG